AUGGUCUUCUCAUCGCCAGCAUGGGUGCCGUCUUUGGACCAGAGCGCGCCCGAUCAGACUACCGUCGGGGACUUUGUUCUCUCGAACCAUGUCACGCCGAAAAAGGACGCGCCCUUUGUAGACGCCAUAUCCGGUCAUGUCUACACCAUGGAGAUGCUAAAGCCCAGAGUUGACUCUCUUGCGCGAGGGCUGGCCAAGGAUCUCGACUGGUCUCCAAAUGUCGGAUCACCCUGGGACAAGGUGGUUGCCAUCUAUUCUCUAAACACUACUGAUUACUUCUUACUUUGCUGGGCCAUCCAUCGGCUGAACGGCAUAUGUAUGCCUCUCCAUUCGACUUGCACUCCAGAGGAGAUAAAAAUCCAUAUGACCACUGCACGUUGCACGACAAUUUUUACUUGCUCGGGUCUUGUGUCCGCUUGCUUGGAAGCAGCCACAGAGUUGCAUAUACCAACAGAGAGGGUCUAUAGACUGACACUGCCCAGCACUUACACGGAUGAGUCGGACCUUGUUCAUUCUACUCGCCUCAAAUCAUUGGAAGAUUUGAUAGACCAAGGCUCACAGCUUCCCCAUCUAGAGCCGCUGAGAUGGCCAGCUGGACAGGGCAAAUCCCAGGUAGCAUUUCUGUGCUCUACUAGUGGUACCUCUGGACGACAGAAACUUGCUAUGCUAACCCACUACGGCCUCAUCACCAAUCUCCUUCAAAUGGUGGCGUUCGAAGGCUUUGCUAACGACAGCUGCGGCCAGACCGUAGCAGCCGCCAUUCCCUUCAGUCAUAGUUAUGGGAUUCUCAUCGGCCAUCUCGGUGUUUUACGUGCUGAACAACACAUUGUGUUUCCUCGCUUCGACAUGCAACUCAUGCUUGGCUCUGUAGCGACCCAUCAAGUCAAUAGGCUAUACUUGGUGCCACCUAUUCUAGCCGCUCUCGUUGCAAAUUCUUUCCUUAUGGAGCCCUUUGACCUUUCGUCUGUUUCCUCGGUAGUGACCGGUGCAGCGGCGCUGGAUCCGACCGUAGCCGGCAGGCUAAAGCUGCUCCAGCCACGUUGGGAGUUUCUUCACGCCUGGGGUCUCACCGAAACUUCCAUUGUCGUUACUCUGAGUAGUAUGCACGACGUCUGGUACGGAUCGAGCGGAUCUUUGCUGCCGGGAUGUUUGUUGCGACUGGUCGAUGCCAAUGGAAAAGAUGUAGAAACCUAUGAUGAAAGCGGAGAAGUGUAUUACAAAGCUCCAAACAUGUUUCUUGGGUACUUGGGAGACCAAGAGUCGACUGACGAGGCUUUUGACGACGAUGGCUGGCUUCGUACUGGGGACAUGGGAGCCAUUCAAGUCAGCCCCAACGGCCUAGAACACCUCUUCAUUCGAGAUCGAAUCAAGGAUAUGAUCAAGGUCAAGGGUAUGCAAGUUAUUCCAGCCGACGUUGAGACGGUGCUGAUGACGCAUCCCGCUGUCGCGGACGUGGCCGUGAUUGGUGUUCCCGACGAGCUUGCGGGAGAGCGAGCCAUGGCGUUUGUGUGCUAUGGAUACUCUAAUUCACUACCUUGCUCAGUACUGGUCAAGGACAAGUACAAUGAAUGA